AUGGUGCCCCAGCGGCUCAGCGGCAGGGUCAGUGUGAUGAGUGAUCAUCAGGCAGCGUCCAGCUCUCCUGACUGCCCUCAGUGUCCCCAACACAUCCUGACAGGGGCAGAGGCAGCCGUGUCCUACUCCCAGUUCUGUGAAGCAUUUGGCUUUCCCAUGGGGCCCUCGGGGGCCAGGGCCCUGCGGCUGUUCUAUGAGCUAUGGGGCCCCAGUGGGACCUUAGUGCAGAGGGGCCAGGCUAGCAACUGUCUUGCACAAGGUCAACACCCUGAGCCCCUGCUGUUUGACCAUCAGGGCUACUUGUCCUCAGUACUAGAAGUGUGUGAGGAAGUGAGCUACAUCAUACUGUACUGUAACUACACGCCGUGCCAGGAGUGUUCCCAGACCCUGAUCUCCUUCUUGCUGCACUAUCCAUGGGUGCGCCUGGAUCUGCUCUUCUCCCAGCUCUACCACACAGCCCCCAGCCAGACCCACAGUCUGGACAACCAAACAGGCCUCCGCAGCCUGGCUGCCCUCUGGCCUCGACUCACCCUCAGCCCCAUCUCUGGAGCUGCUUGGGGGCAUCUGCUAAGGUGUUUUGUUAGAGAUGUCCCACCGUCGGCCCUACAGCUCCCCCUGCUGCCUGAGAGGGUAGAGGCGGACAGGGUUAAUGCAAUUCAGAUAUCAGCAAUUACAGGCAUAGGCCCUGCCUUUUUGGACCUCCCACUGAGGACAUACACAGAGCCUGUGGAGAGAACCCACACUCCCCAAGCAUUCACCCUGCUCUCUCCCCCACACCUGAACACAUCCAUGCACAUCUCCACACCCCAACCUAGGGUAGUUAAUGCCCCCCUCCCAGCCUAUCUUCACCCUAUCAAUGUGGUCAGACAUGUCAGGAUGCCUCCACCUUGGAGGGGUCAACCCCAAUCUCCUCCCUCUUCCUCUGGGUUCUUCUCCCCCCUGCUCUCUCUGCGGCUGCCUGGGCGUCUGGUGGAGAUAGUGCGGGAGGUAGAGAAGGAAGUGCGAACAGCAGUCAGUCAGUCCCAGCACAGAGACUUGAAAAGAGGAAGAUCCAGAAGAAAAUAGUGCAGGGGAGUCACAACACAAUUCUCAAAAAUGAAACUGUCAUGUGUAUAAUAUUUAACCAACAAUAAUGAAUGGAGUUGAUGCCAGCUGUGUUUUGCAUUGUGUGCUCCGUAUACUCUGUUUGUGUUUGCUGUGAGUGUGUACUUGCCUGAAUACCUGUCUGCCUACCCAUGUAGAUGCACCCUGUUUUGGCACUGCGCUAGAGGCUAGAGGACAGGAUGGUGAGAGGUGGGAGGACUCUGCAUGUGUGCGUGAGUCUGAUGCUCAGAGGGGCACAGGGUCCUGGAGCACACUGGAGAAUACUACACAGACCUACCCCUACCCAGCUCAGCACUGCAGCCUAUAGCCGGACAAA